UUUCAAAUGACUGUGGGAAAUCAUUCUAUAGUUACUGAGUUUAUCCUCAUGGGUUUAACAGAUAAACCAGAGCUCCAGCUUCCUCUCUUCCUCCUGUUCUUUGGAGUCUAUGCUGUAUCCAUGGUAGGAAAUCUGGGCUUGGUUCUGUUAAUCAAGAUCAGCUCUCAGCUUCAUACACCUAUGUACUAUUUCCUUAGCAAUCUGUCUUUCAUUGAUCUCUGCUAUUCCUCAGUCAUUAUACCCAAAAUGAUGGUGAACUUUGUCUCAGAGGAAAAUAUUAUCUCUUUUCCAGGCUGCUUAACUCAAUUUUUUUUCUUUGGUUACUUUGCUGUUUCUGAGUGCUACAUGCUGGCAGCCAUGGCUUAUGAUCGUUAUGUUGCCAUCUGUCACCCCUUGCUUUACCACAUCACCAUGUCACGGAGGGUAUGCUUUCUACUAGUAGCUGGAGUGCAUAUCAUUGGGAUCUUUGGGGCCCUUAUCCAUACAAGCUUUUUGGUUGGCCUAACUUUCUGUGGAGGCAAGGUGAUCAACCAUUAUUUCUGUGACAUCCUUCCUCUCUUAAAGAUCUCUUGCUCUAACACCCAUAUCAAUGAAUUUCUUUUAGUGUUUAAUACUGGAAUCAACGUAUUGGUGACAACUUUGGCUAUUUUUGUCUCUUAUGCUUUUAUCCUUUCAAAUAUCUUCCAAAUCCACUCUGCUGAAGGUAGGGCUAAAGCAUUUAAGACUUGUGGUUCUCACAUUGUAGCUGUUGCUAUAUUUUAUGGUUCCAUAAUCUUCAUGUAUUUUAAGCCAUCUUCCAGUGACAACAAUGCACAGGGGAAGGUAGCAUCAGUGUUUUAUACAAUAGUGAAUCCCAUGUUGAAUCCCCUGAUCUACAGCUUCAGGAAUAAGGAUGUAAAGGAUUCCCUGAGGAAAGUCAUGAAGGAUAAUAGAUUCUAA